AUGCUGCAGAAGCACCAAUGGUGGAGUGUACCCUUUGAUGAUCGAAAUCGUCUUGCAAAACUUCUACUAGUCUGUGGCGGGCCCGAUGGUGGUCCAUGUAGUUGGAUCAGGAAUCUCAGCCUCAACGACCUCGAUGGACUACGUACUUUUUCGCGGCUCUACUCGUACGACUUUGAGAUGUUCGAAGGUCAGGAUGUGGAUGAUGACUACAUCAUCUUAAACUCCUAUGUCGACAAACUUAGGACAACAGAUUGGUGGACGUCGGACCCGAAACGCUCUAGACAUGAGCUCCAUUACGGGAAGAACAAUGAACACGCGCUUCUUCGACGCUUUUUUGACACUGUCAAACGCAUAGAGCGCUUUAGCAUUGAUUUCCCUGCGGCCUACAGCAAACAUGAUCUCAUGGCAAACUGUUACGACACGCAAGGCGUGGAUGAGGUUUUGGCAACAGCAAAACACGGUUUGGCCAGUCCGGGAUUCCAACAUUUGGUGGACCUCAGCUUUGCGGUGCCUUCAACGUGGCAUAUUGGACAAUUGGCUGGCACCCUGUCUCAGGAUGCCCGGGAUCGCCUUAGGAAGCUACGUUUGGUCAUCGUCGACGAAACUGGACCAAGCGGAAGCGCGCAAUACACCAAGAUAGAGGAGGAAAAUAACGACGGGGAUCGAACGACCAUUCUGGGAUCAGUUGCGCCGAGUAAUGUGCAGGCAACCUAUCCGAACAGAGAACAUCAGGACGCACUCUGGGCCUUGGUGGCAUCUUGCCCCAACCUUGAGGCACUUGGCAUCGAGGCGACGCAUUAUCUCAACAUGGAUAUUCAGCAGUGGGGGAAUUCCCAAUUCGGUACCAAACAUCUGCGCGACCUCUCGCUUCGCCGGAUAUGGACCAACAUACCGUCACUUCUACAACUGUUGUCGGGUAUCCUGCCAUCGUCACAAGCUUCAGCGAUCCGCCGAGUCAACUUUGACGACGUCAAGAUUCAUUGGGACGGGGGUAACUGGGAAGACGUAUUUGCGCAUCUGAGGACGAACUGCCCUGAUCUUGAGAUCUUUCGCGCAGAGCAACUCAGCUACUUUUCCAACCAUCCGCGUUACGAGCACAACAACAGGCCAUGGGAGAACUACAAUUCUAUAUGGACAGACGACUACGAUGGAGAAGCUAACGACAGACUGUUCUUGGAAAUGCUCAACAUGAAGCUAAUCAACAAGAUUGGGUCAGUCUCGGACUAUCCUGUUUCGAUAUAUAAUUACGAUUUUGAGAUGGGACUUCAAGAAUCGCACUAG